UGGAGUCUGCAGGCGAAAUGUCCUGCAGAGGUUUGGAGUAAGAGGAGACGCUCGGAGGUAACGGAACGCACGUUACGAGCAACACACAAGAACAGCGACAUGUUAAUACUUCAUCUUGCGGCCCUGCUAGCGGGGGCCCUCGUCUCGGCCCAGCAGUACGAGGGCCAGUACGAGCUCGCCCUCCCCGAGUACAGCGACGUAUGCACGGAGGGGAGCUGCUAUCCCAACACGGGAGACCUCCUCAUCGGCCGAUCCCACCAGCUGUCCAGCACAUCCACAUGCGGACUGCACCGACCUGAACCCUUCUGUAUCGUGAGCCACUUACAGGAAGAGAAGAAGUGCUUUGUGUGCGACUCGGCAGCCCUCUACAACCAGCACGGCAACCAGAGCACCAGCCACCGCGUGGAGAACGUGGUAACCACCUUCGCCCACAACCGCCUGAAGACCUGGUUCCAGUCGGAGAACGGUGAAGAGAAAGUGACCAUCCAGUUGGACUUGGAGGCGGAGUUUCACUUCACCCAUCUCAUCAUGACCUUCAAGACCUUCCGACCGGCUGCCAUGGUGAUCGAGCGCUCGGCGGACUUCGGGAAGACGUGGAAGGUGUACCGCUACUUUGCGUACGACUGUGAGACCUCGUUCCCCGACGUCUACCACGGGUCCAUGCGGAAGGUGGACGACGUCAUCUGCGACACCCGCUACUCCGACAUCGAGCCAUCCACGGAGGGAGAGACCAUUUACAGAGUGCUGGACCCCGUCUUCUACAUCGACGACCCUUACAGCCCCAAGAUCCAAGACCUGCUGAAGAUCACCAACCUCAGGGUGAAGUUCACCAAGCUCCACACCCUGGGGGACAACCUGCUGGACUCCCGCAUGGAGAUCAAGGAGAAGUACUACUACGCCGUGUACGACAUGGUGGUGCGGGGGAACUGCUUCUGCUACGGCCACGCCUCGGAGUGCGCCCCCGUCAAGGGCACCGGGGAGGCGAUGGAGGGCAUGGUCCACGGUCACUGCAUGUGUAACCACAACACCAAGGGGCUGAACUGUGAGAAGUGUCACGACUUUUACCAUGACCUGCCCUGGGGCCCGGCAGAGGGCCGCAACACACACGCCUGCAAGAAGUGUGACUGCAACAGCCACUCUGCCGAGUGCCACUUCGACAUAGCGGUGUACGUCGCCAGCGGCAACGUGAGCGGAGGCGUGUGUGACGAGUGCCAGCACUACACCAUGGGACACCACUGUGAGCAGUGCAAACCCUUCUUCUACCAGCACCCCGAGAAGGACAUCAGGGACCCCAACAUCUGCCAGCAGUGUAACUGCGACCCGGUGGGCUCCAUGCACGGCGGGAUCUGUGACCGCGUGACGGACGUGCGCUCCGGGCUGAUCGCGGGUCAGUGCCGCUGCAAGACCAACGUGGAGGGAGAGCGCUGCGACCGGUGCAGGCAGGCCCACCACGGCCUCAGCCAGCACCCACUGGGGUGCCAGGCAUGCUCCUGUAACUCCCUGGGAACGGUUCCGGGAGCAAGCCCCUGUGACACCGACUCUGGAGAGUGCUACUGUAAACGCCUGGUCACCGGACGAGACUGUGACCAGUGUCUGCCUCAACACUGGGGUCUGAGUAACGACAUGGAUGGCUGCAGACAAUGCGACUGUGACCUGGGAGGGGCCGUCAACAACAACUGUUCCCAGGAGACGGGCCAGUGUGAGUGCAGGGAGCACAUGUUCGGCCGGCGGUGUGACCAGGUGGAGUCUGGGUUCUACUUCAUCGCUCUGGACCACUACACCUACGAAGCAGAGGAAGCCAAGUUUGGACCGGGUGUCACCGUGGUGCAGAGACCCCACCCCCAGGACCGCAGUCCCACCUGGACGGGCGUCGGCCUGGUCAACGUUCCCGAGGGGGCCUUCCUGGAGUUCUCCGUGGACAACAUCCCGCACUCCAUGGAGUAUGACAUCAUCAUCCGCUAUGAGCCUCAGCUCCCUGACCAAUGGGAAGAGGUUCUGAUGACAGUGAUGCGGCCUGGACCAAUCACAUCAGACAGCCGAUGUGCCAACACCAUGCCUGAUGACGACAACCAAAUGAACGCCCUCCACCCAGGCUCCCGCUACGUGGUACUGCAGAGGCCUGUGUGCUUCGAGACGGGCCUGAACUACACCAUCCGGCUGAGCCUGCCUCUCUACUCAGCCCUGAGCGACGUCCAGUCCCCCUACACGCUCAUCGACUCGAUUGUCCUGAUGCCUCACUGCAAGAACCUGGACCUCUUCACGGGCUCCGAGUGGGACACCUUCCAGAGGUACCGCUGUCUGGAGAACAGCCAGAGCGUGGUCAAGACGCCCAUGACGGACAUCUGCUACAACUACAUCUUCAGCGUGUCUGCCCUGCUGCACCAAGGAGCCAAAGCAUGCCAGUGUGACCCCCAGGGGUCCCUCAGCACGGUGUGCGAGCCCAGUGGCGGCCAGUGCCAGUGUCGACCCAACGUGGCGGGCAGGAACUGCGACAGCUGCUCCCCCGCUACCUACCAGUUUGGACCCAAUGGCUGCAGAGCCUGCGAGUGUGACCCCCAGGGCUCGGAGAGCUCGUUCUGCGACGCGUUGGGGGGGCAGUGCGCGUGCCUGCGCGGGGCGUACGGGCGCCAGUGCGACCGCUGUCUGCCCGGCCACUGGGGCUUCCCCAGCUGCCGGCCCUGCGGCUGCAACGGCCACGCCGAGGACUGCGACCCCCACGGCGGGCAGUGCCUGGGCUGCCGGGAGUUCACCACGGGAUACGGCUGUGACCGGUGUCUGGAGGGUUACUAUGGCGAUCCUCAGCUGGGCUCCGGGGACCACUGCCGUCCCUGUAUGUGCCCCGACGGGCCCGGCAGUGGCAGGCAGUUCGCUGGAAGCUGCUACCUGGGUCAGGAUGACCUCCAGGUGCAGUGCGUCUGCAGCCCCGGCCACAGAGGCGCCCGGUGUGACGAAUGCUCCCCUGGUUUCUAUGGCAACACCCAGGAGGCGGGCGGCCAGUGCCAGCAGUGCCAGUGCAACAACAACAUCGACAUGCUGGACCCGGGCGCGUGCGACGCCGCCACGGGCCGCUGCCUCAAGUGUCUGUACCACACCGACGGGCCCGGCUGCCACAGCUGCAGGCUGGGUUACUACGGCGACGCCCUGACACAGAGCUGCAGGAAGUGUGUGUGCAACAAGCUGGGCAGCACGGCGGUCAGCUGCCCAGCCAACGGGGACUGCCACUGCGACGGUACCAGCGGCCAGUGCCAGUGCCUGCCCAUGGUGGGGGGGCAGAACUGCGACCGCUGCCUCCCCGACACCUGGAACCUGGCCAGCGGGCGGGGCUGCGAGAUCUGCAACUGCGACCCGGCCCACUCCUAUGGAAGCUCCUGUAACGAGAUAAGCGGCCAGUGUUCCUGUAACGCCGGCUUUGGAGGACGCACCUGCAGGGAGUGCAGAGAGCUGUACUGGGGCGAUCCAGAGGUCAAGUGCCACGCCUGCGACUGCGAGCCCCGGGGGACCGCCGAGCAGCAGUGCAACAAAGCCAGCGGCCGCUGCGUGUGCGUGGAGGGGGUGUCCGGCCCGCGCUGCGAUGUGUGCGCCCGGGGCUACUCGGGAACCUUCCCCGACUGCCAGCGCUGCCACCAGUGCUUCGCCGACUGGGACGUGGUGGUGGGCCAGCUGGCCAACCAGACCCACCGGUUGGUCACUAAGGUGAACGGCAUCAAGGCCAGCGGCAUCACGGGUCCCUACAAGCAGACCAUGGACAACCUGGAGAGGAGCGCCGCCGACGUCAGCACCCUGCUGGCCCAGAACCCCGCCACCCAGCCGCUGUCCGAGAUCCAGGGCCUGCUCCAACAAGCCACCGAUCUGAUGGCCGAGCUGGGCGGGAAGUUGAACCAGACGGAGGAGUCUCUGGCGCUGGUGAAGGCGGAGGACAACAGCACCAACAGCAAGCUGGACGCCCUGCGGGACGACGCCCAGAAGCUGCAGCGCACCGUCCAAGACCUGCUGGACCAGGUGGAGUUCAUCAAGAACUCUGAUAUCAGAGGGGCGACGGACAGCGUCACUAAAUACUACAAGCAGUCUCUGGCGGCGGAGGCCCGAACGAACGCCUCCACCAGUGACGGCGGCAGCCCCACGGAGACCUCUGCCACCCUGCGGCGGGCCACCGAGAGCCAGAUGAACCAGACCAAGGACGAGUUCCUCCGGCGCCAGGAGGAGCACGCCAAGAGACUGGACGACCUGGCCGGAGAGCUGGAGACCCUCGACCUAUCAGAGCUCAGCGAGAAGACCUGUGGCAGCCCAGAAGGACAGGAGGCCUGUUCGGACUCCCCCUGUGGGGGUCUGAACUGUGUGGACGGCCAGGGCAAGCGGAGGUGUGGAGGGGAGGGCUGUGACGGCCUGGUGUCCCUGGCCCACAACUCCUGGCAGAAGGCCCAGGACUUUGACAAGGAGAUAACCAGCGCCAUGGAGGAGGUGGAGAAGCUCUCCAAGAUGGUGUCUGAGGCCAAGCUGAAGGCAGACGAGGCCAAACUGAGCGCUCAGGACGUCCUGCAGAAGACCAACCAGACCAAGCAGCGCGUGGACCGCAGCAACGAGGAGCUGCGCACCCUCAUCAAGCAGAUCAGAGACUUCCUCACCGAGGACGCAGCCGACCUGGAAAGCAUCGAGAAGGUGGCCAACAAGGUGCUGGCCAUGCAGAUGCCCACCACCCCCGCCCAGCUGCAGAACCUGACCGAGGAGAUCCGGGAGCGUGUGGGAGACUUGGGUCACGUGGAGAGCAUUCUCAACCAGAGCGCAGAAGACAUCCAGAAGGCAGAGAACCUUCUGGAGGAAGCCCGCCGAGCCAGUAAGGAGGCGUCUGACGUGCGGGACUCAGCAGUGCUGGUGAAGGAGGCCCUGGAGGAGGCUGAGCGGGUCCAGGCCACGGCCAGCCAGGCCAUCCGACAGGCCAACUCCGACAUCAAGGACACCAACAAGCUGCUCUCCUCGGUGGAGACGGAGACAACUGAUUCUGAGUUCAGGCUCAACAACGCCACCCAAAGGCUACAGGUGUUAGAGCGAGAUGUCACACUCCUCCGCGACCAGGUCCAGAACACCAGCCUGAGUGUGGAGCAGACCCAGAAAGAUGCCCACAGCAUAAACCAGGUCGCAGAGAAAGUCAAAAAGACCCUUGACGGUGAGCUGAAGGAUAAAUACACCAUGGUGGACGGGCUGAUCUCUGAGAAGGGAGAGGGUGUCGCUGAGGCCAAGAAGAGGGCGGAGCUUCUGCAGCAGGAAGCCAAAGAUCUCCUCCUACAGGCUAGCGACAAGCUACAGCUUCUAAAAGACCUGGAGAAGUCGUACGAGGACAACCAAAGAACUUUGGAGGAGAAGGCCAACCAAAUGGUGGAACUUGAGAAAGCAGUCAAAGAACUUCUGGAUGACAUCAGCCAAAAAGUCACUGUUUACAGCACCUGUCUUUUCUAGGAGCCUGGAGGAGAGAAAUAGCUUCUCACAUGACACAUUGACAAUCACUAUUCUGGCCUUGCAUUUUACCUGCCAUCUGCAUGUUAAACACCAUGCUCUGCUGAUCUUUUGAUCACCUCUGGAAAGCACUACUGCUUUGCUGUAUUGCAGACAGUGGAGCAAAUAAUCAUGGACAUUUCCCUUACUACACAACUACUUUAGGAAAACACAGGUUCAUCCAUUUUUGUCGUUGGUUCAUGAAGCAAAUCUAAUUUACAAUAGAACCAGUACAUGCUUGUUUGCUCCUUAAUUGUAACAUGUCAAUUGAAACCACAUCCCGAUUGUUGUCCACAGUAUAGAUAACCUUUAACCAGGAGUUCAGCCCACCCAGUUCAGCUGUUCAGGAUCAGAACACGUGUCUGAUGACACAAAAGGGGAGCCCCGAUGACAGUCUCAUUUUGCUUGUUUAAAGCAGUAAGUUAGCCUUGAUAUGACCUGCCUUGCUCCAACACAUACCUCAUAGAUGCAACCUAUGACAUGAAGUAUCGCUAUAAAUGUUGACAUUUUAAAUAACUUGAAAAUUGCGAUAGACUGGCUAUAAAAGAACUGCAGGUUUGUGGGUGGUCGUGUUUAUGUUCAAAUUAUGGGUUUUUAUCAUGCAGUGUGACAGAACUUUCUUACAAGCUUAAAGCAAACAAAAAUAAUGAGCACAGGGAGGGUAUUAUUUAUCAGUUAGACGUCUGUGAGAUGGAAUAAGAUAGUUAAUCUUUGUUUAAGUCAAGAUAAUGUGAUAAGCUCUCUUACACCAGAGAGAAACCAGCAAUCACCAUUCCAAUUCCAGAGCAUGUUUUUAAUAUCUAAAUAGGUUGAUUUAAAAACAAAAACAA